CGAGGGCAGAGCCGGCCCCAAAGGCCGCUGUGUCCCGGCGGGGCUCGGGAUCGCAUUCCCGGCUCUUCCCGGGAUUUUCCCGGGUUUCUUCCGGGCUGUUCCCGAGUUUCCUCCCUUUCACUUCUCCCUCUUCACCACAGGUGAAUUUUCCGGGCGGGAUUUAUGGGAUGGAGGCUCUGGGUGACCCCAAAGGGACCCGCAGCGUCCUCAGGGAUCACCCGAGGGUUCCAGAGCCUCGGGAUCCACCGGGAAUUCCGCUCCAGGCUCCCUUUUCCCAAUUUCGGGACCGGGAAUUCCGCUCCAGGCUCUUUUCCCCCUUUUCCCGGCCCGAAUUCCCGCUGGAAAGGAGCACCGGGAGCAGCUGUCGCCUUUUCCCGGCCCGCAUCCAGCGCGCCCCUCCCGGGGGGCUCCCGCGCAGCCAAUGGAAUCCCGAAUUCCCGGUUUUCCAUAUUUAUGAGGAAAAAGGGAGGGGGAGCGGGAGAGGCCAAUGAGGCUCCCGGGGUCGGGCCCAGGGUGGAUAAAUUGGGAAUUUUUGGGGAGAGCGGCGAAUUUCCUCCUUGGAGGCUCCGAAGAGGCGCUGCCACCCCGGGAAUUCCGGGAUUGAUCCCGGAUUCCCAUCCCGGAUCCGUCGCGGGACCUCGGGAGAAUCCAGGGAAAGUUUUUUCCUUCCUCCAUGGAUGGAUGAGCGGAGCGGAUUCCAAAUCCUGGGAAUACCUGGAGGAGAAACCCCGGAGCUUGGGAAUGGUGCGGGAUUCGGGAGCUGUCGGGAUCUGACCCCUGAGGGCUCCGGAGCCGCAUCCUGACCCCGAGAGCCCCAAAACCUCGGGAAAAACUCGAUCUCAUUUCUACGCCCCCGGCUGCUUUCCCGGAUCUGUCCCCUGGGGAGGUUUUCUCCCGGAAGACGGAAUUCCCAAGGAAAAUGCCCCAAUUCCCGGCUGGAAUGUGAUGGGAAGGAGGAUCCCCACGGGCCUUGCUGGGAGCUGGGGACGGGCACCCCAAAUCCGGGCGCUUCUGCUGAGGUGACCCCGAAACACCGGGAUCAGCUCGGAGGUGACCCCAAACCCCUGGGACCAGCUUGGAGGUGACCCCAAAACACUUGGAGGUGUCCCCAGAUCCACGGGAUCAGUUUGGAAUUGUCCCCAAACCCCUGGGAUCAGCUCAGAGCUGUCCCCAAAUCCCCAGGAUCCCUUUGGCUCUGUCCCCAAAUCCCCAGGAUCCCUUUGGCUCUGUCCCCAGUCCCCGGGGUCCCUUUGGCUCUGUCCCCAGUCCCCGGGGUCCCUUUGGCUCUGUCCCCAAUCCCCAGGAUCCCUUUGGAUCUGUCCCCAAAUCCCCAGGAUCCCUUUGGCUCUGUCCCCAAUCCCCAGGAUCCCUUUGGCUCUGUCCCCAAAUCCCCGGGGUCCCUUUGGCUCUGUCCCCAAAUCCCCGGGGUCCCUUUGGCUCUGUCCCCAAAUCCCCGGGGUCCCUUUGCCGCUGUCCCCAAUCCCCGGGGUCCCUUUGCCGCUGUCCCCAAUCCCCGGGGUCCCUUUGCCGCUGUCCCCAAUCCCCGGGGUCCCUUUGCCGCUGUCCCCAAUCCCCGGGGUCCCUUUGCCGCUGUCCCCUCUCCCCGGUGACAAUGAUGCUGAACUCGGAGCCGGCCGCCCUCGAGGUCCCCUCGGCGCGCCCCGAGCCCGAGCCCGCGUUCGGGGCCGGUGCCGGGGCCGCGGGCCCGGCCGGGAAGGAGCCGCUGAGCCGCGAGGAGCGGCGGCGGCGGCGCCGCGCCACGGCCAAGUACCGCACGGCGCACGCCACGCGCGAGCGCAUCCGCGUCGAGGCCUUCAACGUGGCCUUCGCCGAGCUGCGGCGGCUGCUGCCCACGCUGCCCCCCGACAAGAAACUGUCCAAGAUCGAGAUCCUGCGCCUGGCCAUCUGCUACAUCUCCUACCUGAACCACGUCCUGGACGUCUGACUGUCCGUCUGUCCAUCUGUCCAUCCGUGUGUCCAUCUCUGUGUCCAUCCCUGCUGCCCACGCUGCCCCCCGACAAGAAACUGUCCAAGAUCGAGAUCCUGCGCCUGGCCAUCUGCUACAUCUCCUACCUGAACCACGUCCUGGACGUCUGACUGUCCGUCUGUCCAUCCCUGUGUCCAUCCCUGUGUCCAUCCCUGUGUCCAUCCCUGUGUCCAUCCGGCCAUCUGCUACAUCUCCUACCUGAACCACGUCCUGGACGUCUGACCUGUCUGUUUGCCCGUCCCUGUGUCCAUCUGUCCAUUCCUGUGUCCGUGUGUCCAUCCCUGUGUCUGUCCGUGUGUCCAUCCGUCCAUCCGUGUGCCCACCCCGGCCCUGCUCCCAGGGGUUUGGAGCAGCAAUUCCAGAGGGACGGGGCCGCCAUUCCCAGAGGGACGGAAGAGCCAAUCCUGGCGGGCUGGGACGGCAAAUCCCAGAGGGAUGGAGCAGGAAAUCCCAAAGGGAUGGAGCAGCAAUUCCUGAGGAGCAGGAGCAGCAAUUCCUGAGGAACUGGAGCAGCAAAUCCCAAAGGGAUGGAGCAGCAAAUCCCAGAGGGUGGAGCCGCAAUUCCCAGGGAUUUGGAGCAGCAGUUCCUGAGGAACUGGAGCAGCAAUUCCGGAGGAACGGAGCUGUAAUUCCCAGAGGGAUGGAGCCAAAAUUCCCAGAGGAACGGAACUGCAAAUCCCAGAGAGCUGGGACAGCAAAUCCCGAAAGUUUGGAGCCACAAUUCCCAGAGGAGCUGGGACCAGAAUUCCCAGAGAACUGGAGCAGGAAUUCCUGGGGUCGGCUCCCCCUUUUCCCCCCAAACCCUUCCCUUCCCUCACCCCCCGUCUCUGUGCCAUGAG